AUGCUGCAAAGUAUCUCUAGAUUUUCGUCCAACCUUCAACUCAAGAAGCCAUUGGUGAAAUCAUUCAGCCAGAUUUCAGAGUUUGACCAUCCAACAGAUAUCAUUACUCAUUGUCCAGGCGUUGAAACAAGAUUUCCUUUCCAUUUAUCGGCUUUCCUCUAUGAAAAUCCACCAGAUCCAGAUAAAGCUGUAGAGUGCCAUAACUUAUUCAGGAAGGCUCUUCAUGAUGCCUGCGGCGCUAAGGUUUGGACCGUCCGUGAAAUUCUGAAAGAAAUGCCGGUUGAAAAACUGAGAAGCACACUCAUUGAUUUCACUGAUCUCCAGUUUGAUGUUGUCCCUGGCAUUCCUACAGAGCAAAUGAGGAAGCAAAUUACAAAAGAUUACAUUAGCUACUCUUUGAGCCGCUUGUCAAAAGAUAAUUUGAUCGAUUUGAUUUUCAUGCAUCCAUCUGUUAAGAUUGAUGUCGAUAAAAAUUCAUCAACAGGCUUCCACUACGAUAAAUUGCCACUUUUGCCUUUGGCAAAUACAGUUUUCACACGUGAUCAACAGAUAACAACAGCUAAAGGUGUUGUCAUCGGACGCUUCGGAGCACAGCAGAGACGUGAUGAAAACAAGUUGAUGAAAGUUGUCUGGGCAGAGCUCGGAAUCGAACCAGUCGGCCAGAUCAAUGGACCAGGCACACUCGAAGGCGGCGACUUCAUCCCGAUUUCAGAGGAUUACUGCAUGCUUGGUGUUGGAUUAAGAACAAAUAUGACUGCUGCUAAGCAACUUAUGAAUCAAGACUUACUCGGUACGAAGAGAUUCAUUGUUGUCGAAGACCUCUACGAUAAGAACCAACAGAGAAUGCACCUUGACACAUAUUUCAACGUCGCAUCAGAAAAACUAUGCGUCUGCGUUGACAAGAUUGCCGAAGAUGAUCCGAAAUACAUACGUAUUGCUCGUGAAUUCGUCAGAGAUGGUGUCAACAGCUACAAAGAAGUUUCUCAGCUUCCAUUCGGAAAAUGGUUGAAGAAAGAAGGUUUCGAAGUAGUUCCAGCUUCAUUCAAGCAGCAGGAAGACUACUUCAUUAACCUUCUUCACCUCGGAAAGAACAAGAAUGGCAAAGACAUCGUUUUUGCUAUCAAUCCAGAGGUCGAAAAAGCUCUCAAACAACGUGGCUUCGAUGGUGAAGUUCAUUAUCUCGAUUUCCACGAGAUUACAGCGAUGUAUGGUGGUGCACAUUGCGCAUCUCAAGUACUUCGCCAACAUAAGUAA